AUGAAAGUCUCUGUUGGAAUCAUUAUCAAAACUUUAACAUUCCUUUGGGUGUUGGCUUGUGGAAUCUUACUUGUAUCGACUGGCGCAGUACACUUUGCAAAGAACAAACGCAUCAAAUACCAAAAUCCAAAGAACCUUCCCGCCUAUUAUUCUCAAGGCACUUUUUCUAUUACAUUCCAAGCCGGUAUAGUUAUAGCUCUUGGUGCUAUUCUAUUUUUCCUCCCGUUCAUGUCGUUCCUUUCUGGAAUUAAAAUCGUCAAACAGUUUUCCUUUGUUUAUAGUCGAUUGGUUGUCGUCGGAUUUUUAAUAAUAUCGGGCUUAUUGGCUUUCCCUCUAAGUGGCUUCUUAGGUUUAGUUGUUGGCGUCAUCUUGUGGUUCUCCGUUUUGGUCAUCAUCAUCUCUGCUUUCUUCACAACAAGCAUUUCAACUUUCAAAGACGAAGAGGACAAGUGA